CGGGGCUCAAGCGGGACCGGAAAACCGCCUCUCCCCACUCUCAAGCACAAAUUAGGGAAGGACUCAGAGGAGAAAAAAUAAAGCUUUUGGACCCGGAAGAUAUUUCUGGGGGUUUGGUAAUAUGCCAAGUUGCAACCUGCUUUACUUCCCAAGGCUGAGGUUAACCACAGAGGAAACAUUCUUUUGGCAAAAGACGCUCAGUGAACAUUUUUUAAUCCCAUCCAUUAUUACGUGUAGGUGACUGCAUAUCUCUCAACCAUUGUCUGUUCGGUUUAUGUACCUGUUGAAAAAUGGCCACCGCCUCCACAAUGGAAGCCGCGGACAUCACCGUGGUGGUGAUCUACUUCAUCCUGGUGAUAGCCGUGGGCUUCCUGGCGAUGUGGAGAGCCAAUCGGAGCACGGUGAGCGGCUACUUCCUCGCAGGUCGCUCCAUGAACUGGGCCGCCGUGGGAGCGUCUCUCUUUGUCAGCAACAUCGGGAGCGAGCACUUCAUCGGACUCGCCGGAUCGGGCGCGGCCAGCGGUUUCAGCGUGGCAGCGUGGGAACUCAACGCUCUGCUGCUGCUGCAGUUACUGGGCUGGGUUUUCAUCCCCGUUUAUAUCAACUCUGGCGUGUACACCAUGCCAGAGUACCUGUCCAAACGGUUCGGGGGAAGGAGGCUGAAGGUGUAUUUCGCCGCCUUGACGCUCGUCCUUUACAUCUUCACCAAGCUGUCUGUGGAUCUGUACUCGGGAGCGCUGUUCAUUCAGGAGUCUUUGGGGUGGAACCUCUACCUCUCCAUCAUCCUCCUCAUCAGCAUGACGGCUCUGCUGACCAUCACCGGAGGUCUGGUGGCGGUCAUCUACACCGACAUGCUCCAGGCUCUGCUCAUGAUCGCCGGAGCUCUGUGCCUCACGGGGAUCAGCCUCUACAAAGUGGGAGGACUUGAAGGAGUGUGGACGAAGUACAUGCAGGCUGCUCCGAACGUCACCGCCAUCCUGCUGUCUUCACCCAAUCUGACGCUGUCCGAAUCCUGCCUCCAGCGCCUCAGCCCAAAAGCAAACGCUCUGAAGAUCCUCCGAGGUCCGACGGAUCCAGAUCUGCCUUGGCCCGGUUUCUUACUGGGCCAGACUCCCGCCUCUCUUUGGUACUGGUGUACAGAACAAGUCAUUGUGCAGCGGGUUCUCGCGGCGAAGAAUAUCGCUCACGCCAAAGGCUCCACCAUCAUGGCCGGCUUCCUUAAAAUCCUCCCAAUGUUUAUCAUCGUAGUCCCAGGGAUGAUCUCCAGGAUCUUCUUCGCCGACGAGCUGGCCUGCAUCGGUCCGCAGCACUGCGCGGAGGUCUGCGGCUCGGCGGCCGGCUGCAGCAACGUGGCCUACCCGCGCCUCGUCAUGGCCGUGAUGCCGGUGGGUCUCCGCGGGUUGAUGAUGGCGGUCAUGAUCGCCGCUCUCAUGAGCGACUUGGACUCCAUCUUCAACUCUGCGAGCACCAUAUUCACGCUGGACAUUUACAGCAUGCUGCGGAAGCAGGCGUCCUCCAGGGAGCUGAUGGUCGUGGGCAGGUUGUUCGUCAUCGUCAUGGUGGUCAUCAGCAUCGCCUGGGUUCCCGUUAUUAUCGAGAUGCAGGGGGGGCAGAUGUUCUACUACACCCAAGAAGUAGCGAACUAUCUGACUCCCCCUAUAGCAGCUCUCUUCUUGCUCAGCGUCCUGUGGCACCGUUGCAACGAGACGGGAGCCUUUUGGGGCGGCGUGGUCGGGUUCGCCCUGGGGUCGCUGCGUUUGAUUCUGGGGUUCAUUUACCGCGAGCCGCACUGUGACCGGCCGGACGAGCGGCCGUCGUUCAUCAAGCACGUCCACUUCAUGUACGUGGCGGUCGUCCUGUUCUGGGUGUCGGGCUUGGUGACGGUCGUCGUGAGUCUCUGCACGCCUCCGCCCGAGAAACAGCAGAUCGCGACCACGACUGUGUGGGGCUUGAGGAAGAGAAAGGAGCUGAGAAACAAGGAGAAAGACAAGUCUGCGGAAGCGUUUAACAUGUUGAACCACCCUAUGAAUGGAAACGGUGCUAAAGUACCUCUCAAUGACGCCGACAAGAAAUCUCAGUCUAACCUCGAUCCGAUCCAGAAUAGUUCACAUGCACUGACGUCUGGGCCCAAAACGGUGGAGGAGGGCGUGGCCGGUGAGGAUGAGGAGUGUUUUGCGGGGGUGGAGGGUGGACACUGCAUGAGGGCUUUACAGUGGAUCUGUGGCAUCCAGAAGAAAGCCCCCAGAGCUCCGGCCCUCUCGCCCGAGGAACAGCAGAGGAUCGUGGACGAGCUUCUGCACGAACCUCCGAGAACCAGGGUCGUCCUGACCGUCGGACUGGUGAUGAUCUGCUCAAUUGGAGUCUUUCUCUUUGUCUAUUUUUCCAUAUAGGCUGAAGACCCGGAGGCCAUUUGUGGCCCUUUAGCUCUGAUUGAGGUGUUCACUGGAAACCUCCAAUUUGGAAAAAUUAAUCCCGAUUACAAAGCGACAGGGAAAGAUCGAGAAAAGUUGAUAGAGGGCAACAGUGGCUCAUAAAAAUUGUGACACAAGCUGCUUUUUAUUAUGAGGUAGUUUUCUUUCAAAGUGAAAUCGAUGCCAACUUAAGCCUCGACUCUCUCUGCAGAUUUUUUUAAUGUGACUCCCCUUUUGAAAGGGUCAAGAAAUCCAAGAAAAACAACAUUCCCCUCUUUACACUGUGUAACUGAGUUUCUCUGGAAAUCGGACUGUGACGUUUGUCAAAACUGAAUCGCAUUUUGGCUGUCCGAAAGAAAAAAAUAUGUUUAUAAAUCACAGCACUGUUAUCCUGCUCUAUUAUCUGUGUGAGCAUUUCAGUAUCGAGCUGAAUAAAAAGCCAAAAACAAGAAUGAUAUGUACAUUCACAUUGUUACUGAUACUCAAACAUUAAUCAUAUGAGUUGUGAACUUUACUCAAUAAUGUGAAAGUCCCACAAUCAAUUGUCAAAUGCAAACACAAAUUUAGAUUUGUUUUGAUUAUGCACCUUAAAUUUAUUCUGUCCAUCAUAACUGUCUAAUAAAUGUCUUAAUUUAUCAAGGAAAAUAAGGCAGUAUAUAUACUUAGUGUUCCAGAUGGAAGGACAAGAAGUGGGUUUGUUUUAUUCUUCAGACUUCAUUUUGAAAAUGAGGUGUUUUUAUGUUUGUGCUCUUGAAGCAAACACACACACACACACACACACACACACACACACACACACACACACACACACACACACACACACACACACACACACACAUGCUUUAGGGAUCUUAAUGGGGAAAAAGAACAGAUCACACAACUGUGACAAAUGUUUUUUCUUUUUUUUUUAAUGUAGUGUACGCAGAUGGUAACUCUAAUGUUCUCAGUGGGGAUAUUUUUAUAUAAAGGAGAUUCAUACUGAAUGUGACUUUUUAUGCCUUUUUCAUAUUAAUAUAACUGUAAAUGCUGAUGUUGGGCUUCUUCUUUUUUUUUCAAUGUUGAAUUUUGUUCAAUAAAAGUGGUCAUGAACUGUGACA